AUGUCUUCUCCUGCUAACACCUCCAACCCGACCCAGCCCCGCAAGCGCUCCAUCUCCGACGUGAUGAACAAUGAACGUCGCCAGAGGUGGCUCCAGAGCUCUGGCAGGCCCGAUAAGUGGAACGUGCUCAGGCCGGGCGUCUCUCAGUUUGUCGGCCACUUCCUGAAACGCGGUGACCAGACCAAGCACUAG